AUGGUCUUUGGGCUUGCGAUGGAUGUAGUUGCUUUUUUAAGCGAAGCUGGAGAUAAUAAUUGUCCAGUUGAUAAGACAAGAAGAAACUGGUGCCCAGCUUGUAGACUUCGAAAAUGCUAUCAGAUGAAUAUGAAUCCCAACGCUGUACAGAAAGAACGAGGUCCACGAAAGAAAAAACAUAGCAGUACCUACAAAGAUAUUAUCAAUCAUUUAGCUAAUCAAAAAGAUUUAAUAUUACUGGAAUGUGUACAACGAUGCUUAGAUAGUCCAGUAUUGACAUUUGUAUCAACAUCUCAAAAGCUAGAAAUUUUAUGCACUUAUUGGCCAAUAUUUUUUUUACUGGAUUAUUCAAGUCGAGUCAAAACACCGCAAAUCAGUUGUUUAAAUGUCAAGGAACUUCUAAUUGUACAAAAUACAGAUAAAGAGACACGUUUAGAUUCUGAAGAAUUACGGUUAACAUUUUGCCUUGCACUUUGUAGAAUCGGUAAUUCAUGUGACCUGCUAUCAUUUGCCAAACCAUUAGAAGAUAUGUAUUCAUUUUGGUUACAUCGUCACUGUGAUCAAUUUUAUGACAACGGAACUGGUCGAGCCAAUCGACUAAUCAGUUUUGUUAAUGAAUUACUGUACAAAAAAGACUACGGGUCACUUGCUGAAGAAUUUUCAAUGACACCAAACGAGUUGAUCCGAAAUUCUGUUGCAUAA